UAACUCUCGCACUCGUUAUAUCUGCUGGGGUAAAUGCUCUAUACGCCUUACACAUCGUUUACUAGGUCAGCUUGUUAAGGGUAUAUACCACAUACCUGUUAAAGAUCAGAGAUUAAGAUGGAAUGGAAAAGAGGCCUCUACGUUAACGCAUUUACCACAUUUUCAAGAAAAUGACGUUAUUCGGAUCGAUGUUCUUCUUCGCCUACGUGGCGGAAAAGGUGGCUUUGGCCAGAUGCUUAGAAAUUUGGGUGCGAGAUCUGCUAGUAAAGAAACUACAAAUUUUGAAGCUUGCAGGGAUUUAUCCGGUCGAAGACUACGUGAUAUACACGAAGAAGAAAUGUUAGCAAAUUGGAUAGUUAAAGAGGAAGAAAGGAAAAAAAAUGAAGAGGAGAAAAGGAAGAAAAGGCAAGCUAAUAUUUUGGAAGGGCCUAGCCACAGUUUUGAUUAUAAUAAACUUGGGGAUGAGACAAAAAAGAUCAAAUGUUCAAUCGAAGCCGCCAUCGGUGAAGCUUUUAGUGUUCAAUCUAAAGAGCGCGUCCAAGCAAUAAAGGUAAACCACCGACCAAAGCCUCUGAAAAUUUGGGACGAAGAUGAUCUUAGUGACUCUAGCGAAAAUACUGAAGACUUAAACGAAUUUUUAAAAAAUACCUCCCUUGAGUCGAACGUGGAUUCCUUUACAGGAAAAGCAACGUGUGGAGUACCUUCUGAUUCCUGUCCUUCUCUCGAUAACAAGAGCUGUAAAGAGUCGACUUCCGGCGAUGAAAUUAAGCAAAAAAAGAAGCCUUUGGAAACUAAUCCCGUACAAAAUCCUAUUGACUUGUGUCAGUAUAAAACUAGUCAGGAAUUGGAGGAACUUGGACUUGAGUUUUUAAAACAAGAACUUUUGGCGCGAAAACUAAAAUGCGGUGGGACUUUGGAACAACGAGCAGCCCGGCUAUAUAAGGCGCUCACUGAGGGCAAGUAG